AUGGUGGCGGAAAAAGCUAGAGUUCUCGAAAUUCUAAAUCCAAAUAAAUGGCAUGGCUGCGUGAGAUCGAGAAUCCCAGCAGCAGCGUCGAGGGUCUGGAAGAUCGCUAGUGAUUUCUGUGGCCUCCACAAGAUCAUGCCUGUGGUGGAUGUUUGCGAGAGGCCCCAAGGCCAGGAUGGUGCUCCAGGCUGCGUGAGGUUCUACACAAUGGAUUUCCCGGCAAGGCUUCCUGGGGGGCGAAGGAAAGCUUGGGCCAAAGACCGACUUGUGAGCCGAGACAAUGAAAAGCUUUGUUUUGUGUUCCAGGCCGAGGGAAACAACUUAAGCCUCGAGGAUUGUCUUGUGAAUGUCAUGCUUUAUGAAGGGAUGGACAAGAGCACGAUUGUCAACUGGUCCUUUGAGGUGAGUGCUCGAAGCCCGACUACCAAAGACAAGGCACUGGGAGAUCUCACGGAGUUUGCCAAUGCUUACCUUAAAGGAUUAGAGAUGGCAGCCAUGUCUCGUAGCAACUGA